AUGUUCGAGAAAAAGUUCAACAUUGAAGUACAAACUUUACAGCCUUUACGUGAGUUUCUUGCACAACUGAAAGAAGAAGGUAGUCAGCCACAACUUAUAGACUUUCAUUAUGAAUUUAAUGAAAAUGAAGAUGGAACUCAUGACUGUCAGUUUGUUGUAUUCUCACCAUUCAAUGAAGUCGCUAAAGAGAAAGAAAAUCCAUUACGUAUAAGAUUUCAAAUCUCUGAACCAAGUGAUGAUUUCAAGAAUGUUUUCAAUUAUGAUGCAAUGCUUCCGAGGAAAAAUGAAUUUUCAAAGAUUGUAACACCUGGCAUUUGGGAUAGAAAGCAAGCUAUAUUAUAUUCAAACUUAAGUAAGGGAGUUGAAAAUGAGUUCAUUGGUCAUACAAGAACUUCACCACUUCCUAACCCUAAAUACUAUAAAUUAACUGGCUUCAAUCGUGAGUUUUGGAUAGACAUGUUCUCCACUCAUGACCAUAACUGCCCAGUGUUCUUACCUCCAGACCAUAAGGACUGUCUCUACAUUGAAGCACAACUCUUAAACUCUACCAUCGCAGUAUUGUAA